AGAGCCCUAAAUUUCGGCCAAGAGCCCUAAUUUUUACUUCCUCUCCCCUUUAUGGUGCCAUGGCUCGUGGCUCUCUGCGCGCUCCGCUUCGAUGUGGAGCAAGGGCAGGUGAUGGAUUACUGCUUCCCUCCCGAUCGCCUCACCGAGAUCGAGCGAUCCCACAUCGCGCUGUGCGCCUUCCCGGAUUCGCAGCAGCAGCGCCAGCGGCAGCAUUCGUCGCAGCGCACGGCAAUCCACGAUUCGGUCUUCUUCUUCCGGAUCCCGCGUAGCAGCGGCGCCAAGAAUCACAAGCAUCUCUUCGGCUACGUCUUCAAUCGCCAGCGCCAGGACGAGCGGUUGAUCCGGGGCGGCGACCAGAAAUCCGUGGUAAUCCUCUCCUAUUUUCCCUACUGGAGCUCCAUCUUCAAGCCGCUCGUCCAGAUCGCCGGCCCUCUCUUCUUCGACAGCGGCAGCGCGGCGCUGGAGAGGAUCUCCUCGAUAAUCUCCUCCACCUGGCCGCCGCCGCCGCCCAAUCCCAAGAUCCAGGCCGGAUUGGAGCUCCCGGUGGUGAACAUGGUGAUCCGGGUCACGAAUCUGGCUCCUCUCCCCGAUCAAGGUAUCGUGUUCCACGAUGUGGAUCUCUUCGCGGUGCUCAAGGGUGUUUUGAUGCAGCUUUGGCUGCUCUGGGAGCUCGCGCUCGUCGGCGAGCCGCUGCUCGUCGUGGCUCCCUCUCCAUCCGUCUCUUGCGAGGCAGUGGCAGCGAUCUCCAGCCUGCUAGCUCCGAUUCCAUGCAGCUCGGAUCUCCGCCCCUACUUCACGAUCCACGACCCCGACUUCCACACGGAUUUGGCAGCGUCGUCGUCCAUCCUUCUCGGCGUCACCAAUCUCUUCUUUCUCCCGGCAUUCUCGUCCUCCAAGAGACUCCCCAGCGUCGUCUCCCUCCUCGAUCCUCACCACCACCACCACCAGUUCCAGCAGCUCAAGAAGUUCGUCGACAAGAAGCCGUGGAGUUCUUUGCCUUGGACGCAGCGCCGCCAUAGCCAGGCUGUGUGGAGCACCCACGCCCCGGCCACCAAGCCGGACACCUCGGUUCUCAACAGGCUAGUCGACGCGAUUCCAUCCUCGCCAAGGAUGGACGAAUCCAUGUCUCUCGUCAACAGUGACAUCCUCCGCCGCCACUUCGAGGAGCUCACCACCAACUUUCUCGCUCCCAUCGCGCCAUACUUCGCAGUGCCAUCUUCUGGAUCAAACAAUCCUUUCGUUGAUCCGCCACCUCUGCCAGCUUUCGACGAGCAACGGUUCCUGAGCGCGCUGGCGACCAGGGGUCCCGGGAAGUUUCUGGCCAAGAGGCUUCGUUCCAACUGGAUCGACUUGUACAGACGAUUCCUCCGUGGCCCAAACUUCAUGCCGUGGUUUCGAUCCAGACGUGCAAAUGCCGAGAGAGAGCAGCGGCGGAUCUGGAGGCAAGCGCGUGCCCGGGCCGACGUGCGGACCAUCGUGUCCAAGAUGCCCGAGCUGGAGCUCGUCGAGACUUUCAACGCUAUUCUACGCCAUCUAGUCGCCGAGCUCGACCUCCAGAUGUCGCAAACCCAGAGUUUUCCGGAGAAGCUCCGGGCCGAUUUGCGAGUCGUCUUCGACAUGCUACCGAAAGACACCCAGCAAUUGCUGCUGCUGAAUCCACAGCACGCAUCGCUGCUCGAUCCCAAGACGAGCAACAGCAGCGGAAUCAGCAGGAGUAGCAGCGGCAGUAGCAGCACCAAGUUGCCCGGGAGACCGUCAAUCCACAUAUCGUGGUCUUCUCAAGCCACACCCGCGGCACCAUUGUCACUUUCGAGGAGGAACAGCCCUUUGGCAUUGUCAGGAAGGCUGGCGCAGGAGCUAGCCAGCGAUCCUUUGGACUUGGACAAAGCAUAAUCGUGGAAUAUUUCGGAAAGCUUUGAAGGUUCUUUCUCCUGUAGAACAUAGAAAAUCUUUGUCAGCUUUGCCGGGACCAAGUCUACUCCGAUCCAUGGAGAUCGACGAUGUCAUCGGCCAAGCUCAAGCUACCAAGUUGUUCCAGAGGCCGACGUUUCCAGAGCAAGACGAAGCAGCUCAGUGUUAGAGUUCCGAUCGUUCGAAGCGUGGAGGAGCAAUGCUUCGCAUCAUCAAUCAGCCAGCUUGUCUUCGACAGAAACAAACUCCGCUGUCAACUUGGCCAUUCAGCAACAAGAGUUAAAGCAAAAAGCGAUCACAGCGGAGAGUACAAACGAUCUUUCCUCUUGAUAUGCUAUGUUGAAAGCGAGCGAGAGAUUCGAGGAGUGAGUGGAAGCUUGUGUUUCUGAGAGUUGAAGGCUAAUAUCCUUGCUACAUUGAGUUUGGAACUUCCA